AUGGCGUGGAUCUUUAUACAAGCUUGUUACAAGGAACUAAUAUGUUUUCUCGUCCCUUUUGGCAUCGUUAGCAUCAUCUAUCGUCAGGCUCUCGACGACGAACAAAAAAGGAUAUUCUUUUUCUUCAUAAACGUAUGUAGGCAUUGUAACCUUGGACUGAAAUUUGGUUUUACACUGGCCACCCCAUGUUGUAGUCUAUUUGAACAGGUGGUUCGCUAUUGUGACAGAUACCUGAAUAUGAUUCCCCUUUCAUUUAUUCUGGGUUUUUACGUCACUAUUAUAGCAACAAGAUGGUGGCAGCAAUGUAUGGCUUUACCAUGGCCUGACAGAUUAAUGCUAACAAUCGCAAUGUAUAUUCCCGGAUGUGACAACGAGUCGAAGCUUCUACGGAAAACGCUCAUGCAGAACUGUAACCUGAUGGCUGUCCUUGUCUUCAGAUCAAUUUCAGAGUCAGUGCGGUCUCGCCUUAAAUCUCUUGAGGAUGUUGUCAAUGCAGGUUUUAUGACCUAUGCCGAAAUGAAAACCUAUAAGGCAGUGCAAUCUGAUGUGAACUUGUAUUGGCUACCUGGACUUUGGUUCUCACAUCGACUUCGAGAGGCCCAAGCUCGUGGACGCAUUAUCGACUCGUAUGGAGCCCAGCUCAUCAUGAAGGAAUUGCUGGAAUUUCGUUCCAAAUGCGGCAUUUUAUGGAGUUACGACUGGGUUUCGAUUCCAUUGGUUUAUACUCAGGUGGUUACGUUAUCCACUUAUUCCUUCGUCAUAGCUUGUAUCUUCGGCCGCCAAUGCAUCGAUAAUGGAAGCAAGUCAAUAAGUUUGUUACAUGAAGCUGAAGGCCAAUGGGGACAUUUAAUACAGCUGUGCCUUCAUUUGCAUUAAUGAUGACUUCAUCAAAUCAAAAAAUCC